AUGGCUAUGGCUGCCUCUGAGACUGCGAUCGUGCUCUCGACGGCUUUCGCGCUCUUAUGCACCAUCUAUGUCGCUGUUUCCCCGUUCUUCCCAAAGCCCAAGCAGGCAGCGUGGAUCCUUUCGACGGUAGCAAGUGGGACGAUGACGGCCUCGAGUCUCCCUUUUGUCAAGGAUUACUUGGAGGGAGGGCUGGCCAAUGUGGAUGAGCGCGUCAGAUUCGCUGCAGCAAUCAACAGGGUCUUUCAAGCAUACCUUGCUGCAGACCUGGUCGUUGGGGCGUUCUUCUAUCGGUCGCAAAUCAACCUUCUUACCGGGUGGGUGCACCAUCUCGUCUAUAUUGGCAUCUGCGAGUUUGCCAUUGGAGCUGGCUGGGGGUAUAUUUUUGGUCUAUCUGCAGUCAUGGAGCUUCCAACGUUCGUAUUGGGCCUUGGCACCCUCUUCCCUCAUCUGCGCUCGGAUAACCUCUUUGCAUUGACCUUUUUUGCGACGCGUAUCUCGUUCCACGUUGUCCUCAUUUUCACAUACUUCCUCGCCGCCAAUCGGCCACAAGGCAGCCUUGCUCCCGCCCUUAUUCUCACCUCCGUAUUCCCUCUCCAUGCGAUGUGGUUCCUGGGCUGCAUCAAGGGCUUCAUCCGUCGCUCCAACCAACGUAAAGCAACCACCGCCAAACACCCCCUGACCCCCGAUGUCCACCUCGAUUCCCGCAGUCUUGCGCGCCACACCACUACCGCCCCCAUCGUGCCCCCAUGGGACGUCACUCUGCGUCUCCGCCGACUACGCGCCCGGGUUGGCCGAUGGGUCUGGACAGGGGCUCCGGUCACGUGGGUUCGCGACGCCGGAGUUGGACGAUGGGUUUCAGUACGGAGGCCAAUACGCCCACGCGCAAUGGCCCGGCGGAUGAGUCAGGGCUUGGUCAACGCUCUACCUUCCAAGGAGGCCAUGAUGGACUUUGUUGGCUGGGGUAGCUGA